CGCGCAGGCGCGGUGCCCUCCGCCAUUGUUCCAGCCCAGCAACAAGCGGCGGAGGAGGAGAGGCCGGGACGGUAGUCGGGUCCCCCCCGGGCGGGCCGCGCUCAGUGAUGACAUCCGCUCAGUGAUGGGGGCCAAGCAGAGCUCCCGCGGCCGGGCUCCGUUCCCCGGAGUCUCCUCCGAUGACUCGGCCGUCCCCCCCGCCAAUCACUACAGCGCCAUGGGGCUCCGCAGCCGCUCUGUGUCCUCCGUGUCCGGCCUGGAAGCCCACCAUCCCCCCACCACCGGGACCCUCUACCGAGCCGAGCCCGACCGAGGAGGAGGGGGGAGCUCCGGGGACACCGACAGCCGCUACCCGAUCCACAUCGCGCCCCGGCUCAUCGCCGCUCACAGCGGCUUCCGAUGUCCCAUCUGCUCCAAGGCCGUGGCCUCUGAUGAAAUGGAGAUGCACUUUAUUAUGUGUCUAAGUAAACCUCGGCUGUCCUAUAAUGACGACGUGCUGACGCGGGACGCAGGCGAAUGUGUCAUCUGCCUGGAGGAUCUCUCACAAGGGGACACGAUAGCCAGACUGCCCUGUCUGUGCAUUUACCACAAGAGCUGUAUAGAUUCCUGGUUUGAAGUGAACAGGUGCUGUCCGGAACAUCCUUCUGAUUGACUGGCGGCCACUCUGUCUGGCUUUAUUUUAAGAUUACUGGGUCUCACCCGCUUUAGGAUCACAGAGGUCACACUCCGCGUCCUCUCCGGGAUGUCUAAACUGCUUUACACACACACACGUCCCUUCUUUCAUGCGUUCCCUGCGUAAUCCAGACCGGGAGAUCCGGGGAAUGGCAAAAGCCAAACUGAAGCCUCUUCCUCUAUCAUCUUUUUUAAGUCCUGCCGGGAGCAAGCGUCGGGGGAGAAGCCGCAAGAGGCGUCAUCUUUUUUGCGCAGCCCAGCUAUCGUUCCUCCCAAAGAGGUGGACAACGCCAAGAGGUCUUUAGGCCAGCGUCUUUCUUUUUUUUUUACGAUGGGACUGAGCCCACGCAGUACGAGGACCCUGCCCACAUUUAUCCCUUUCACUGCUAUCUGACACCGAGGGAGGCGUUGUAUAAGUGACGCCAUGAUGGACAGGUUGUAUGGGACGCCACGAUGGACACAGCGGAUGCGUAUAAUGUGACGCCACGAUACACACAGAGGGAUUAGUUGUAUAAUCUGACGUCACAGAGGGAGGCGUUGUAUAAUGUGACGCCACGACGGAUGGGUUGUGUGUGACGCCACGACUGACAGGAAUGUGACACCAUGAUACAGACAGAGGAACGUGUUGUAUGUGACGUCCCGAAGAACACGGGGACUAGCUGUAUGUGACGUCACGAAGAACACGGGGACUAGCUGUAUGUGACGUCACGAAGAACACGGGGACUAGCUGUAUGUGACGUCACGAAGAACACGGAGGGAUUCGUUUUGUAUAAUGUGACGUCACGGAGGGAUUGGUUGUAUGUGACGUCACGAAGAACACAGAGGGAUCGGUUAUAUAAUGUGACGUCACGGAGGGAUUGGUAUUAUGUGACGUCACGGAGGGAUUGGUUGUAUGUGACGUCACGAAGGACACGGAGGGAUUGGUUGUAUAAGGUGACGUCACGGAGAGGGAUUGGUUGUAUGUGACGUCACGAAGAACGCGGGGAUUAGCUGUAUGUGACGUCGCGGAGGGAUUGGUUGUAUGUGACGUCACGAAGGACACGGAGGGAUUCGUUUUGUAUAAUGUGACGCCACAACGGCCACGUGUACUUUUUAUUUCCUUGGCAAUUUGCACUGAACAUUUUGGAGUUUAUAAGGGCACAGAGACCCUGCCUGCGAGCGGCGGUCUCGAGUCGGAGGACUGCGCGCACAAUGGCGUGCUUGCGGAUAGACUUUUGGCUGUAAGCGGAGUUUCUUCUAAACCAGGGUCCUUUCCCAGUGCUUCCCAGAGGUCUGUAGGAGGCAGGCACUGACCUGUUUAUCGGGGGGGGGGGAGGGGAUGGUGGUGGUGGGGGUUGGGCUGAAAACCGUCUCGUCUCCUGCCGAAAUGAGGUUUUUGCACAUAACUUAAUCGCAGAGCUGAGGAGGAAAAUGUAUUUUUACCGGAAAUGAGGAUACAAGGUCGGGGUAAAAAGGGGUGUUUCCUUAGACGAGCUCGUAAUUGCCAACUUCCCGGUCCUUUUCCUGUAUAUUAUAGAUAGGAUAAAUAAAUUAUUUCUGCUGGAUAGUGUCAGACACAUUUUGAAGGA